UACAUAAUGACUUUAGUUGUUAAACAUCCAUCAAUUCUUUGGGCACAACGUGCUGGACAAAUUUUUUUGACAAUUGAAGAUGGUGGCUUAAAAAUUGACGAACUCUGUUGUGAAGAUGACAAAUUUAAAUUAAAAGGAGAAAAAGGUGGAAACAAAUAUGAGGCAGAUCUUGUUUUGUUUGGAAAGUUGAAAGGUGCUGAACGUAGAAAAAUUGAAACUGACCGAAGGAUUGAAUUUGUUAUUCCAAAAGAAACUGAAGAAUGGUGGCCACGUCUUUUGAAAGUUUCGGGAAAGGUUCCAUGGAUAAAGAUUGACUUUGACAAGUGGAAGGACCAGGAUGAAGAUGACAAAGACGAUAUGCGUGAUAUGGACUUUUCAAGUUUUGGCCUUCCAGGUGGUGGCGGUAAAGGUUAUGAUGAUCUUGAUUUGGGUGAUGAUGACCACGACUAUGAUGACGAAAUGGGUGAUUUGGAAGAUGUAGAUGACGAGAAUGAGGGAAUACCCAAAGAAGGGAAGAAAGCUGAAAAGGAAGGGAAGGAUGAAGGUAAAGAUUCGGCAACCAACGGCGAGAUGGUUGGAGAUGGGAAGGAGAAGAAAGUGGCAGAGGAAGCAAAAGAAUGA